GACGAACGGUAAAGCUACAGUUCAAACUCCAAAACCCUAUCGAUGGGAGGAUUUCAAAUUUUGGAACCCUAACAAGAUUUCAUCACAGAAAAUAAGUGAUGGAUCGAAGCGGGGGACUGCAGCAGACGGCCACCGAAUCGCGGCCGUCGAAGUUCGCUGUGUACCAGAAUCCGGCCCUGUCCGCGGCCCUAACUUCGAACAGCCUCCGUCCCUCAGCCGUCACGUUCCUUUACAUACUCUCGGUGUUCUCAGCUUCUGCCAUCGCUCUUCUUAUCUCUCUGAACGGGGAACAUACAGGUGUUGAUUUUGGAGUUGGUUUUCUCUCUCAAGAUGUUGCUUGCUUGUUUUACAAGGUGACGGCGACCACUGCAUGUAUGAUUUUACUUGGAAGUUUUUUCGCCUUUAUGAAAGCUGUGUCACAGUGGAGAAACAGAAAUGGCCUGGAUGUGGUUGUUUCAUCUCCUUCCAAAGGUACGAAGGAGAUGAAACGCCUUACAAACCGGCAAUUGGGUCUUCUGGGAUUAAGAUCAAAACUUGAAGUGGAUUCUCAAGAGUCUUCGAAGAAACCUCCUAAGUCAAAAACUAACUCACCUUCUCUAUCAAAUCCCCUUGUCCCGCUUCAUGAGUCAGUGACAGGUUCAAAUCUAUUAUCUCGAAAGAGUGGUGGAAAAUCGAGCAGUGGUGGUGGGAACAAGAUGCAUGGCUUUAGCACACCAUCCAAAUCUCCACCUUCUCCAUCUAUGUACCUUGUUCCAACUGCCUCAAUGCUUUCUCCGAUUCCAUCUUCGUCCCUGCAGGCAUCUCCUGCUUCGGAUCAGGUCGUUACAACCCCUUGGACAAAUAGGCGUCGUACUUUUCAUAAAGGCAUAGCUACAGAGGAAGAUCUUGAAAGUUUUCUAGCUGAUGUAGAUGAGAAAAUAGCCGAAACAGCAAGUAAAUUGGGUACUCCAAGUAGCACAAAUGGAUUUGGUAUAUCAACCACUCCAAACACAAUCACCAGUUCUGUCAGCACACCGGGAACUAGAAGUACACCCUUAAGGCCUGUCAGGAUGUCUCCUGGUUCCCAGAAGUUCACAACUCCUCCAAAGAAAGGUGAGGGAGAUCUUCCGUCGCCAAUGUCCAUGGAAGAGUCUAUCGAAGCUUUUGAUAGGUUGGGUAUCUAUCCACAUAUUGAGCAAUGGCGUGACAGCCUCAGGCAGUGGUUUUCUGCUAUUGUGCUUAAUCCUCUUCUUGAUAAAAUUGAAACCAGCCACCUGAAGGUAAUUGAGGCUGCUGCUAAACUUAACAUCCAAAUCACCAUUAGUCAAGUUGGAAGUGACACUUCAAAUACACCAACUGCUGCUAAUGUUUCUCCAAUUGACAGAACUGAUGAUUGGAAGCCGGCAUUUGCAGUAGAUGAAGAUGGACUUCUCCAUCACCUAUUUGCUACCCUUGUUCAAGCUCUCGAUGCUUCAAAGUUGUCUACCAACAGUUUCCAGCAAUCCCAUCAGCAGGCUACUCCUCUUCUGCAAGAGUGCAUAGAUGCCAUUACCGAACACCAAAGGCUGCAUGCUUUAAUGAAAGGAGAGUGGGGUAAAGGUUUACUGCCACAAAAUAGCGUCCCAGCCGACUAUACUGUCCAGAGAAUUCGCAAGCUUGCGGAAGGAACAUGCUUAAAGAACUAUGAAUAUCUGGGGAAUGGCGAGGUCUACGACAAAGUGAAUAAGAAAUGGACUCUUGAACGGCCCACAGAUUCUCAUCUACUUCUAUACCUGUUUUGUGCUUACUUGGAAUACCCAAAAUGGAUGCUGCAUGGUGAUCCGACAAGUUAUGCUGGAGCACAGGCAAGCAAGAACCCUCUGUUUUUGGGUGUUCUUCCUCCUAAAGAAAGGUUUCCUGAAAAGUACGUAGCUAUUAUAUCGGGAGUUCCCUCUGUGCUGCAUCCCGGGGCUUGUAUUUUAGCCGUGGGAAAGCAAGGCCCCCCUGUAUUUGCCUUGUAUUGGGACAAGAAGCCCCAGGGCUGUCUCCAAGGAAGAACGGCACUGUGGGAUUCACUAUUGCUUUUGUGCUACAAGAUUAGGAUCAGUUACGAUGGCAUUGUUAGAGGAAUGCACCUUGGUUCGUCGGCACUUGGAAUUCUUCCAGUUCUUGAACCAGAAAUGGAUGAUUGAUUUAUUGCUGCAAGCUCAAUAAGAAUUGCUUUGCUUAGCCAAAAUCAGAUCCAUCCAUUUGGUAACAUAUAUUCUUUCUCGGUGGGUUAUUCUUUAGAUCUUUUAUUCAGGUGCUGCUGAUAUGCUAAAUGAUUUCUGUAUGUUCUUGUUGACGUUUAGUUUACGCCCCAAGGGAAGGAGGAUUUUGAUGGAAA